AUGGUGAACAGAUUGAAGAAGGUCAUAGCGAAUCUGAUCGGACCAGCGCAGGCAAGCUUUAUCCCGGGACGCUUGAGUACGGAUAACAUAGUGGUCUUACAAGAAGUUGUACAUUCCAUGAGACGGAAGAAAGGGAAGAAAGGUUGGAUGCUUUUGAAAUUGGAUUUGGAGAAAGCAUAUGAUCGGGUUAGAUGGGAUUACCUAGAAGACACCCUCGUUGCUUCCGGCUUAUCAGAAAAGUGGGUUAGAUGGAUCCUUGAGUGUGUUACAGGACCCUCGAUGCAUGUUCUAUGGAAUGGAGAAAAACCAGAAGCAGGGAAGCCUGAGCGUGGGCUAAGACAGGGUGACCCUCUCUCGCCGUACUUAUUUGUGAUGUGUCAGAAAGUAAGCUUGGAGAAAUCGAAGAUUUACUUUUCUGCGAAUGUCACUUGGGACCAAAGAGAGGAGAUCAGCGGUUUUAGUGGUAUCCAACAAACCUGUGACUUGGGGAAGUAUCUUGGGAUGCCUGUCUACAGAAACGACUGA